AUGGUAGUAGCUGGGGAAGAGAUCGAGAGCGACGGUGAAGAAGACCCUGAGCUUUGUGCUCUCCUCUGCUGUGUGCGAUCCAUCCUCUCUCUUCCAAAGCUUUGUGCUUUCAGCCUUUCACCCUUUGUGAGUCUUCUUUUAGCUCCAUCACCAUCUUGCUGCUCUCGCCCUUGCGCUUCUCCUCUCCUCUCCUCAUCCUCAUCCUCUACUUCUCGCUCUCUCAUUUCUUUCCCUUUGCAGAGAAAUAGCAGGUGCAGGUUGAAGCUGAAGGCAUGCAGAGCUUCUGAAUCUGAUGACGUUGCCUCCGCCGGCGACUCCAAGGUCCCAAAUGGGAGUCCUAAGAGCAGAAGAGACAUUCUUCUUGAAUACGUCAAAAAUGUUCAACCAGAAUUUAUGGAGCUAUUUAUUCAGAGGGCACCAAAGCAGGUUGUUGACGCAAUGCGGCAAACUGUGACAAACAUGAUCGGAACACUUCCGCCCCAAUUUUUUGCUAUAACUGUAACCACAGUUGCUGAAAAUUUGGCACAGCUCAUGUACAGUGUUUUGAUGACUGGCUAUAUGUUUAGAAAUGCGCAAUACCGUAUAGAACUGCAACAAAGUCUUGAGCAAGUUGCUCUUCCUGAUGCAAAUGACAAAAAGGAUGGGCAGGAUUAUGCGCCGGGUACACAAAAGAAAGUGUCAGGAGAAGUUAUUAGGUGGAAUAAGGAUUCUGGCCCUGAAAAAAUGGAUGCAGUAAAAUAUAUAGAGUAUCUUGAAGCAGAAAUUGAGGAACUGAAUCGACAGGUAGCAAGGAGGUCAGCAAAUGGACAUAAUGAACUUUUGGAAUACCUGAAGUCUCUUGAACCUCAAAAUUUGAAGGAGCUGACAAGUACUGCUGGUGAAGAUGUUGUUUUUGCUAUGAAUGCUUUCAUCAAGCGCCUCUUAGCAGUGUCAGAUCCUAACCUGAUGAAGACAACACCAACAGAAACAAGUGCUCCAGAACUCGCCAAGUUACUAUAUUGGCUGAUGAUAGUUGGCUACAGU